UGGACCCCGCCUCUCGCCCAAUGUUAGCUGGGAUUGGCUCCAGCCCCCCCGUGACCCGUACAUGGAUAAAGCGGUAGACGAUGGAUGGAAGGAGAAAUGUACUAUCAUUUUUACUUUAAUUUGCAAAUGAGUGUAGAAAUCUGGGUUUAAAUGAAGUUGUUGAUAAGUGACGCGGCUGAAUCCUGUUCAUCCCCAGGGAAUGAGAUGAAAAAGACUGAGAUGAAAAAAUGUCUGGGACAGUGAAAAGUUUUGAUAUCAAGAACCAGUGCUCAGCCAAAAUAUGAAAUAUGCAUGCACUGGCAUUUGGACAUAUUUUGACUGUGACAGUUAAGUCUUGGUUUCAUAUUUAAACAAGUAAGACCCAACAUUUCUGCAAAAGCGAAUGCUUACUUCUUUGUAGAGCAGUACGCUUGGAAGUCUUAAUUUUGGGGCGAAUAACUUUCUACGCUGUUUGUACUGCCAUUAUUAUGACUUAUUAAGUCAUAAAAUGGGUUUGUAUACGACACACUAAUCAUUUUUGUUUAUUUAGUGUACAUACAUUCUUGUUGUCAUCAUUAAUCAUCACUAAGGUUUACUGCAUUGUUGACUUCCUUUUAAUGUACUGUCACGAUGCGGGGAACAAGAAAGGAGGAUAAUGACAGCGAGGCCUUGCAGCUGAUGUAACAUAAAUGCACAAGCAUCUUGUGUCAAUGAUGUUCCUGCCUUCCGAAUCUGUACGGAUUUGAACUCCUAUUUGUUUGCUAAGAGCUGAUACCAAUAAAUUAUGGAUGAAGAGAAAUGUCAGAUUCCACAUUAAUGUCUUUUUGUCUACCUCCACACACAUGCAUUCAAUACAAAGUUGUUUUUUUUACAUACUGUAUAUAUAUUUAAUGCCGUUUGAGCCCUCAUAUUGUUGUCAGCAUAUCUGAGCACUUAGCCAGCUCCAUUAGUGAUAUUUUGUGUCCCAUUAGUCCGUAAAUGUGUCACACCUGCAUAGUGGGGAUUAUAAUCCUCGCAGCAGCCUUGUGCUACACCUAUAAAACCCCUCUCCGGCUAAUGCACCACAUGCUAACAAGGCAAAUACAGAGCUCUAAUGGAAGCCAGCAGCAGCAGAGUGAUGGUGCAGGUGUUGUUGUUGGCGUUGGUGGUGCAGGUCACCCUGUCCCAGCACUGGUCUUAUGGAUGGCUACCAGGUGGGAAGAGAAGUGUGGGAGAGCUGGAGGCAACCAUCAGAAUGAUGGGCACAGGAGGAGUGGUGUCUCUUCCUGAAGAGGCGAGUGCCCAAACCCAAGAGAGACACCGACCAUACAAUGUAAUUGACGAUGAUUCCAGACAUUUUGACCGAAAGAAAAGGUUCGCUGAUAAUUGAAGAGCUACACAAAAAAAAGAAAGAAAAAGGAAAGGAAACACAAACUGUAUUUAUAUCAUGAACAGCAGUUAUGGAUUGCUCGAGUGCAGGAUGCAGACUGCAAGUAAAUAAUCACAUUUAUUACAGAGUUAUCAAUUAUAUGUCUGUAACAUUUAAAUCGGUGUUAAAUUGAAAUAAAGUUUUUGAAAUCUGA